UUUUUUUUUCAGAUCAGAAGCAAGAAGCUGUAGAAGUGCUCAUUUGAUUCGAAGACAGUGUUGUGAAAAUAUCGAUUGUGCUUUGUGAAGUGCUGUGUGUGGAUUCUACUUUUUUUGCCGGACAGAAAAAUACAAAAUGCUAGGCUCCCGGUGGCCUGUCCUGUGCCUGCCGAUCCUGCUGGCCUCGGUCUGCGGGAGCGACAUCCUCAUGGUCACCAUGGGCGGCACCAAGUCACAUAAAAUGCCCUUUUGGGAACUCUCCAGAGGUCUUAUCAGGAGAGGCCACAAUGUGACAUUCAUGAGCGCCUUCCCCCCCGACUUCCACAUCCCCGGUCUGGAAGAGAUAGCCCCCGAAGGCCUGGCGUCCUACGUGAGGAACUACAUGACGUACGAUCUGGUGGGGGCCAGGAUGAGGGGGGAAGAACCGUUGCCAGUAAAGGAUAUCUUCAGAUACGGAUAUGAGGCCUGCGAUGCCUUCCUGAGCGACAUUGAAACACGCGCUCUCCUCCGUUCGGGGCGGAACUUCGAUCUGAUCAUCCUCGACGGCACCUACCCCGAGUGCGCCUUCGGCAUCGUCUACAAACUCAAAGUCCCGUUUAUGUACAUCAACACAGUCGGCUUCUACGCCAUGCCUUUAAGCAACUCCGGAAGCCCUACUCCAUUCUCGGUCACCCCGUUCUUUGGCAAAGCUUAUACGGACAACAUGGGCGUUUUGGACAGAGCUAUGAACGCGGCUUGGUAUAUCGGGGCUUAUACCAUGCAUAGCGUCAUGGCUGUUUUUCUUCAAGGAGUGCUAAGGAGACACUUUGGGCCAGAGAUGCCUCAUGUGUAUGAUAUGGCGAAGAAUGUGAGCUUUAUUCUCCAGAAUGCCCAUUAUUCUGUGUCGUACCCGAGACCGUACUUGCCUAAUGUUGCGGAGGUCGCGUGUAUACAUUGCAAGGAGGCGAAGAGGUUGAAUCCGGACAUUGAAGACUGGAUCUCGGGCGCCGGCGACGCCGGUUUCAUCUACAUAUCCAUGGGCUCCUCCGUCCGCACGUCCAAGAUGCCGCUCUCAGUCCACCGGCUCAUCAUCAACGCGCUCGGCAGGCUUCCUCAGAGGGUGCUGUGGAAGCAGGAUGGGGAGCAGAACAUGACGGAUAUCCCGGCUAAUGUCAGACUGUAUAAGUGGCUGCCGCAGCAAGACUUGUUAGGUCACCCAAAGAUUAAGGCGUUCGUCACCCACGGAGGGCUACUUAGCAUGUUCGAAACUGUCUACCACGGGGUACCCAUAGUCACAAUCCCAGUAUUCUGUGAUCACGACGCCAACGCCGCCAAAGCUGAAAUCGACGGCUACGCGAAAAAGCUGGAACUCCAGUACUUAACAUCGGAAAAACUUUAUGAAGGCAUCAAAGAAGUCAUAAACGUGCCAAAGUACAAGACAGAAGUGAAAUACCGACAAACGCUGUUAAGAGAUCAGAAAGAAACGCCGUUAGAACGCGCUGUGUACUGGACCGAGUACGUCAUCAGACAUAAAGGAGCGUACCACCUCCAAUCGCCAGCCAAAGACUUAAAUUUCAUCCAAUAUUACUUACUAGAUGUCGCCGCUUUGGCUAUACUUGUAGUUUUCAUAACAGUAUCACUUAUUACCUAUGUCUUAAGGGUUGGAUUCAAACGGUUAGUCAAAUAUGUGCAGAAUAGACAAAUGAACCAGUUGCUGGAUAAGUCCAACGAUUUGUUGAAGCGAUCGAAGAAACUUAUAGACCACACGGCGAUGUCGAAGAAACAUUUGUAAUACCAAAAUUAGGUAAAAGGUACAAUGAUUUUAAGGCAUAAUCAUGCUUGGAGGUUUAU